UUUUCUACAUCUACAUCUGAAAACAUCUUUCCAAAACCCAACAUGCAGCUCUUCAAGCUCAUCGCCGUAGUCACUGCCACUAUCCUCUCCACUACCGAGGCCUGCAAGUGUCUCAUCGGUGGUUCUUCAAGUCCGAUUGGCACUCACGCUUGCUGCAACCAAAUUGGCGGAAACUUCCAAUUUGGAGAUGAUUGCCAGGCGAGCUCCAUCGCGAACAGUCUAAGCAGUUUCCAUUCGUGCUGCCGUGGUAUUGGGGGCCCCUCUGAUUGUGGGUGUCCAUCUGGUUGCAUUUAGGUUGAGGAUUGAGCCCUCUAUCACGCACACCGAUUCGUUCUCGACCGAUAAUUGUAGCUUCUUUCAAUUGUACCAACUCUCUCCGAACACGCUCUUUUCGAUCUUGCUCCACCCGUCAUAUGACAUUGACUCCUUCAAACUACAUCAAGCCAAGUGUUUUAUCAAUGGUCAAAGUUGGUAUGGAACGGGACUUGUUUUGCCUGUCGUUCGUUGUUCUUGACCCUCCUAUGUCAAGAUUAUUCUACCACAUGAGAUUGUACAUAAAAAAACCCAACUCAAGAAAUUGUAUACUUG